AUGGAGUUCAACAGUGAAGAGGAUGCGUACAAGUUUUACAACAAGUAUGCCUUUAAAAUGGGUUUUAAUGUACGUAAAGACUAUUUGAAUAAAAACAAAGACGGCGUGACCACGUCUAGGAGAUAUAGUUGCUGCAAGGAAGGUGUGAAGCGCAAGUAUGAAGGUGAUGUGAUGCCAAAGAGGACACGAGCGUCGACGAAAACAGGGUGUGGAGCUAAAAUGGUUAUCGUGUUGUUUAGAUGGGCAAUGAAAUACCGUGUGCAUGACCUUGUCUUAGAGCAUAAUCAUGAGUUGCACAUUGCUCAAUGUGCGCACAUGAUGCCAUCACAAAGAAAAAGCCAUGAGCUUAUGGGAAAGAAGGUAGGUGGGAUGGGUAAUGUGGGAUAUACUCGAGAUGAUCUUAAACGAUAUUUUCGAACGAGACGGCUGGACUGUGAAGAACAGAUAAUGAAUAUCUUUUGGGCUGAUGCAGGAAUGUUAAUUGACUACAACAUUUUUGGAGACGUAGUCACAUUUGACACAACCUACAAAACAAAUAAAGAAUACCGGUCAUUUGGAGUAUUUGUGGGUUUUAAUCAGCAUAGGCAAAUUGUGAUAUUCGGUGCUGCCCUUAUGUAUGAUGAAACGAUAGAUUCUUUCAAAUGGGUGUUUGGUACAUUUCUAGAAGCAAUGUGCGGAAAGCGUCCAAGUACCAUACUAACCGACCAAGAUCACGCCAUGACAGCCGUUCUUUCUGUUGUCAUGCCUGAAACAUUUCACGGUCUAUGUACGUUUCACAUAAGACGUAAUUUUAUGAAACAUUUUGGCAAUCACUACAAGAAAAAUAGUGAUCUUCCAUACAUGUUUGGUGCCUGCAUGUAUGAGUUUGAAGAAGUGGAACAAUUCAAUAGGGUGUGGGAGGCGAUGGUGAAGAAACACAAUCUUGAAAAUAAUGAAUGGCUCUCCGGGUUAUAUAGAAUUCGUGAUAAAUGGGCAAGGUGCAUGAUAAAAGAAAGAUGGACCGCAGGAAUGCGAAGCCCCCAACUUAGCGAAAGCCUAAAUGCAGCAAUUAAAAAUCAUUUGAAACUGGAUCAUGACCUUGUGCAGUUCUUUAGACAUUUCAAUCGAGUGGUUGAUGAAAAGAGAUAUAAUGAACUGAUCGCAGAAUAUGAAAUGAGGCAAAAGCUGCCCAUGGUAGGGUUAAGGCAAACACCUAUGCUUGUGCAUGCAUCAGAGACGUAUUCACCAACCAUAUUUGUUACAUUUCAAAAUGAAUAUGGCGAGUCAACAGCUAUGGUUAUAUUGAGACAACAAGAUGCAACGAUGUUUGUGGAGUUUGCGGUCAUGAGGUAUGAUGGAGGACCUGAAAGAAUAGUGGUAUUCAAUCGGAAUGAUCUAAGUGUACGUUAUAGUUGCAAAAAAUACGAGAAUGAAGGCAUUUUAUGUGGGCACGCGUUGAAGGUGUUUGAUACCGUGGGUACUAUACAAAUUGCGAGACACAAACACUAG